AUGGCUGAUAGGCAGCCGAGAAACCCCCGACGUGGGGGGGACGAUAGGUCCUUCAACGACGAGCCUAGCCGCAGAGGCAGAGGAGGAGGCGACCGGGGCGGCUAUCGCGACCGACGCAGAGAUGGCGAAAACGGCCCCGACCGAGCGCGCUACGACCGAGACCGCGAGCGCGAGCGCGACUCGGGUCGAGACAGAGACCACAGAAGAUAUCGGUCGCGCUCCCGGGAAACGCGAGACCGCCGGCGCUCACGCUCGCCUCUUCCGACGCGCGACAGAGACUACGACCGCCGCGACGACAAGGGCGGCGACAAGGGCGGCGACAAGGGCAGAGGCCAAUACCGUCGUCGCGAUGAGGGCAGGGACGGCCCUUCCUCGCGGGGCCGUAACGAUUACAGAGGUGGCGGGCGAGAGGACUGGCAGAGAUCCGGACGAGACCGUGAGAGGGACCCCCACCGACUCUCCGUCUCACCACGUCGUCGCUCAGCAUCACCACGACCGCGAACGGCUACCUCGACAAAGUCAGGAGGCCGAGAAGGCGGCGAUUUGCCAGACUCGGCACUGCCGACCAGAACUAGGACCGAGGUGGCCAAGCCCGAGCCAAAGCCCCAAGCGCCGCCUCCUGCACCCGUGUCGUUCAAAGUCAACAAGACACAGGGCCACCGGGACGGCAGCCACGGGCCAGAGCCGUUGAAGCAGCAGCACCCGCGCCAGCGCAGCGAAGAGGAGGAGAACCCCGACAGCCGCCACGAUGGCGAGCGCGACGCCCGCCCUUCCCACGACGAUGACUCCGACGAUCAGUCGCGGGGGCGUUUUGGCACGGACCCGAUGGACGAAGAUGACGAGGCCGACGAUGUCGUUGUCGAGGACGACGGCCUGGACGCCAUGCAGGCUAUGAUGGGCUUUGGCGGCUUCGGGACGACCAAGAACAAGAAGAUCGCGGGAAACAACGUGAGUGGGAUCCACAAGGAAAAGAAGACAGAAUAUCGGCAGUACAUGAACCGCGUCGGCGGCUUCAACCGGCCGCUCAGCCCGUCUCGCUAG